AUGGCAUACACAGAUGAUGCCGUUCUGGCCAAGCUGUCGGCCCUGAACGAAACCCACGACAGCAUCGCCACUGCCGCCCAAUGGAUAAUGUUCCACCGACGACAUGCGGAACGAACUGUGCAGCUGUGGUUUCAGCGGCUGAAGGAUUCCCCAAGUCCCAAACGACUCAAUCUCGUCUACCUCGCAAACGAGGUGACCCAGCAAUCCAAGGCUCGCCAUAAGGAGGACUUUGUCGUGGCCUUUUCGCCAGUGAUCGCGGAAGCAAUAGCAUCCGCAUACAAGGGCGCGCCCUCGGAGGUGCAGAAUAAGCUUCGACGAGUUGUGGAUGUGUGGCGCGAACGGAACAUAUUUGAGGUGCCGAUUCAGACGGCUGUUGAGACCAGGAUAGGCGAACUGGACAAAGCCAAGGGUACAUCGCGACCAGCAUUUGGGGGCGGGUCGAUCUUCGGGUCAAGCUCAGGGCCACCGGUGCCAGCAGAACUUGGUCCAGUUGUGGCGUCGCAGCAGAAGCUGAGCAAGGUGCUGCUCUCGGCACAGGGAAGCGUCAGCGUGGCAGACGCGGACUUCCACAAGAUCAUGGACGGGACGCCACCGGCGGCACCAGUGUACGCGGCUCGGCUGAACGGGCUGAUGAAGAGCAUAGCGAGCGCGGAGCAGGCGAUGGGCCAGACGGUCAAGGCGCGGUCGGAGCUCAAGGCGGUGCUAGAAGGACUACUGGCGAGCUGCCAGACGGCACUGGAGGCAGAGGUGCAGCAGCUGACAGAACUGGGGCAGCGGAGGGCACACGUGGACGCAACGAAGCGCGACGUGGAAGACCGGAUCAUGCGCGGGCUGAAUGCGACGGACAACGAGGCCGGCCGAUCCAGCACAGGGGCUGGCCAGCCGCAGGAGCCACCGCGACCGGAAAUGGAGGCGCUGACGCCGCCGGCAACAGAACCAGACGAGACAGGCGGCGAGCCGUUUGCGGGAGUGGUGUCGAUAUCGGAGGUAGCUGAGCAGAUGACGGACAGCGCAGUGGUUGCGGAGCAGUCUCUGCCGGCGUCGAUCUCGUCGGCUUCCGGAAUCGAGAUCCUGUCACACCUUGCAUCACAGGCACAGCCGGUGUCAACGAAUGGAGCCCACAAGCGGCGACGGGUGUUGGAGGAGAAGGGCGACGAGGUGCCGGAUCUGGACGACGGGAUAGAUGCCGAUCACGCAGAUCUGCGGCGACGCAGCGAUGGUUUCCGGGGCCCUGCGGCGCCAGGGCGUGCUGCAACUCCGGGAACGCGCAGUGGUGGGUCAUGGAGGCAGCGAGCCGUGGCCGGGGCGACGGGCAGCGACGUUGGUGACGACGAGGCGGGAUCCGUGGACACGGGCGGCAUCGAGCGCGGCAGGUGCUGUGGUGGCGGCAGCACGGAGGACGACAGGACGGCCAGGCUGGCUGGACAUGCGACCAGGACCGUUGAUGACAAUGCGACCAGGACCAGUGAUGACAGAACGGCGAGGGCCAGUGAUGGCAGCAGUACUGCCGAGCGGGCAGAACAGGCGACGCAGGUGAACCUGCAGGCACGGCUGUCCAAAGAGGGCAAGACGCAGAGCCGGGCGACGGCGAGCGAGGUGUGGCGGCUGGUGCGGAUAGCACGGCCCGAGUUCCGGUGGCUGGCGCUGGCGUUUGGCUUCCUGCUCUUCUCGUCGGCCGUGUCCAUGUCGAUUCCCUUUUCGGUCGGCCGGCUGCUGGACCUGGCGACCAAGGGCGCGGUGGCCGACGUGCGCGUGCUCGGCCUCACGCUCAACCAGUUCUUCGUUGCCUUUGGGGCCGUCUUGACGGUCGGGGCGCUCUCGAGCUUCCUGCGGAUUAUAAUCCUGCGCAUCGUCAGCGAGCGUGUCGUCGCACGGCUGCGCACCCAGCUGUACCGCCACACAUACACGCAGGAUGCCGAGUUCUUUGACGCCAACCGGGUGGGCGAUCUGAUCUCGCGGCUCAGCUCCGACACCAUCAUCGUGGGCAAGAGCAUCACGCAGAACCUGUCGGACGGCAUGCGGGCUGUCGUCAGCGGUUCGGCCGGCCUGGCAGCCAUGCUUUGGAUGAGCCCGCAGCUGACGAGCAUUCUGGUCGUCAUGUUCCCGCCCAUUGCCGUGGGCGCCGUGCUGUACGGCCGCGUCAUCCGGUCGGUCGCUCGGCGCAUCCAGGCCAAUCUCGGCUCGCUCACCAAGAUCGCCGAAGAGCGGCUCGGCAACGUCAAGACCAGCCAGGCCUUUGCCGGCGAGGUCCAGGAGGUCGCCCGCUAUAACCGCCAGGUGCGCCGCAUCUUUGCUCUCGGCCGUCGCGAGGCUCUCGUCUCGGCUGCUUACUUUGGCGCCAACGGCUGGUUCGGCAAUAUGACCAUCCUUGCUCUCCUCGUCGUCGGUGGCAAUCUCGUCCGUUCUGGUGCCAUGUCGGUCGGCGACCUCACCUCCUUCAUGAUGUACACUGCCUUUGCCGGCUCCAGCCUCUUUGGCGUCUCCGGCUUCUACUCGGAGCUGAUGAAGGGCGUCGGCGCUGCUGAGCGUCUCUUUGAACUGCUCGACCGUCAGCCUGCCGUUCGUGCCACCGUCGGCCGUCGCGUCGUCUCGGCGCAGGGUCCCAUCGUCUUUGACAAUGUCCGCUUCGCCUAUCCGACCCGUCCGGCCGUGCGCAUCUUUGACGGCCUCAGCUUCACCAUCCCCUCUGGCAGCAACGUCUGCAUCGUCGGGCCGUCGGGUGGCGGCAAGUCCACCGUCGCUAGUCUGCUGCUGCGCUUCUACGAUCCCACUGCUGGCCGCAUGGCCAUCAAUGGCGUCGAUGUCACCUCCAUGAACGCCAAGUCGCUGCGCCGUCGCAUCGGCAUGGUCUCCCAGGAGCCCGUCCUCUUCUCCGGCUCCAUCGCCGACAACAUCGCCUACGGCCGGCCUCAUGCUUCGCGUGCCGACAUCAUCGCAGCUGCCCAGCGCGCCAACUGUCAGUUCAUCAGCGACUUUCCCGACGGCCUUGAGACUGCUGUCGGCCCUCGUGGUGCUCAGCUUUCCGGCGGCCAGAAGCAGCGCAUCGCCAUCGCCCGUGCCCUCAUCAAAGACCCCGACAUCCUCAUCCUCGACGAGGCCACCUCCGCUCUCGAUGCCGAGUCUGAGACUCUCGUCAAUGCCGCUCUCGCUGAGCUGCUCAAGAGCCGCAGCACCACUAUCUCCAUCGCCCACCGCCUCUCCACCAUUAAGCGCUCCGACCAGAUCAUCGUCCUCAACAGCCACGGCACCGUCGCAGAGACCGGCCGCUACGCCGACCUCAGCGCCGAUCCCGCUAGCGCCUUCAGUCGCCUGAUGGAGUGGCAGAUGAGCGGCAGCGACCUGCCUGCUUCUGCCGUUGCCACCGCCCGUAUCGACGGUCACGUGACUGAGCGCGAGGAAAUCGAGGACGAUCUUGAGAAGCCCGACGAAACCGACGUUGACUCCAGCAAGGCUCGCCCCUGA